AUGAGUCGAGCUCAGAGUGAAGCAUUCGAUAAAAGAUCAACAACCAACUCUCAAAUGGAUGCCAAGGGGGGAGGCGACUUGACAACCGGAGAGGACCAAGGACUGACAAAGAUUGUAACACGAUCUACCACGAAACAACAAUCUAGCGGGAAGCCAGCACGGUUAAGACGAAAAAAAAGAGCAGUCAAGGCAGAGCCAGUAGAGCCAUUCAAUCCCGAGCCAGCCAAGGUGGUUUCAGUAGAGUCAGACAAUCACGAGUCAAGGGAGACUGUCAGUAACGAGCCAGCCAAGGGGGAGUCAGUCAAACCGAGAAAACCGAAUAGCCAUGAGCCAACCAAGGUGGAGACAGUAAAGCCAAGGGAGACUGUCGGUAAUGAACCAGCCGAGGUGGAACCAGUCAAACCGCGGAAGGCUCACAGUAACGAGCCAGCCAAGGUGGAGUCAGCAAAGCCAAGGGAGACUGUCAGUAACGAGCCAGCCAAGGGGGAGUCAGUCAAACCGAAAAAACCGAAUAGCCAUGAGCCAACCAAGGUGGAGACAGUAAAGCCAAAGAAGCCAAACGGACAUGAUCCAACCAAGGUAGAGUCAGCAGGGCCAAGGUCUGACAGACAAAGGCCGGACGAAGUAAGACCAGCAAAGUCAAGGCAUGACACGGAAAGCAGAAAAAAUGACAGUCCUCAUAAGCGAGACAUUAAAGCACCAAGACGCGGAAGGUCACGGACACCACCAAGGGACAGGCGGUUGAUAGCACGGAGAAUGCCAACACCAGAGAGGAGGAGAUUCUUGAGGGCCCAGUCGAGACAUCGACUCGGGCAUAACUGGGAGAGGCAUUUGAGCAGUACGAGCCGACACCGUCUUGAGGCAGAUCGGAUGUCAUGGCGGAAAAAAGCCACCACACCAAGGCGACACAUAGCAGUAAAAAGAAUGAUAACCAAAAUCCCUGAGGUCGAGUCACCGUCGGAGGAGGAGACAGAGCAGACGAGGCAAGACCCGCGGAUCCCAAACAAAGGGAUCAAGUGGGAAUUGCGGGCGGUAGACAUAAUGACGACGACAAAAAUUAUGGUAACACAAGCGACCCAGACAGACCAGGAGUCUCAGCAGAAGCCGUUAAGAGACAUCUCUUCAGAGUUUCUGAAUGAUCAGACACCGCAACGCUUGCCACCAACACCAGGCAAAGGGGAGCAGAGUGCAGAGAGCACUAGCGAGGUGAAGCCACCGAAGCCACGGAGGAAAAGAAGGAGGACGGUUGAAGAUUUGUUCGGAUGA